AUGGCGGAUUCCUAUGCCUGUAAAGGUGGAAGGAAAACUGCAGGCUCUAACAAACCCGCUGCCAGCAAAGAAAGCAGGACGGAGACGAGGAUAAACCCGCCGGCAGAGCUGCCCAAGCUUGGAAAUGCAACCAGUGACAAAACUGAAGGCAGGAAGAAAGGACGACCCAAGGCUGAGAACCAGGCGCUGAAAGACAUCCCCCUCCCCCUGAUGAACCAGUGGAAGGACGAAUUCAAAGCUCACUCCAGGGUGAAAUGUCCCAAUUCAGGCUGCUGGCUGGAGUUCCCCAGCAUUUAUGGCUUGAAGUACCACUAUCAGCGCUGCCAAGGGGGUGCGAUCUCGGAGAAGCUGACCUAUUCGUGCUCGUACUGCGAAGCUGCCUUCACCUCCAAAACCCAGCUAGAAAAGCAUCGGCUCUGGAAUCACUUGGACCGGCCAGUGCCAACCAGCAAAGCAGAAAACAAAGUGCCGAAGGCCAUUGGGAAGAGCGGUGGCAAGAAAAGAGCUGCUGAGAGUUCAGCUUGCCCCACCAUCCAUCCCAAACAGGCAAAGACGGAAAAAGCCGUGGCCCAGGACCACGCCGAGAAUGGCGAGUGCCUGGCGGAGAGCCGGGAGAGCAAGGAGUUUCAGAUCGCAGCAGCCGAGGCGAUGGCAGCCGCCACCCCCACGGCGAAGUCCUCGAGCGGCAAGGAUGCCGUGCAGCAGGGGGGCAGCCAGGCCUCACUGCAGGAGGAAGACCCCGAGAGGAUGAAGCACAGAAGGAAACAGAAAACUCCUAAGAAAUUUACGGGGGAGCAGCCGUCCAUCUCGGGGACAUUUGGACUGAAAGGUCUCGUCAAAGCAGAGGACAAGGCGAAAGCCCAUCGAGCCAAGAAGUUGGAGGCGAGCACCAACACGGAGGAGCUGAAAAAGAAACCUUCAGGAGCUGGUGUGAAGAAGGAAACGGCUGUGCAUCUACCAGCAGCAAACCCUGAGGACCAGUGGCAGCGGGAGAUCAGCGAGAAGGGAGAAGUCGCCUGUCCAACCUGCAGCGUUAUAACCAGGAAAACUAUUGUGGGGCUCAAAAAGCACAUGGAUGUCUGCCAGAAACUGCAGGAUGCCUUGAAGUGUCAGCAUUGCAAAAAGCAGUUCAAGUCCAAAGCUGGGCUGAAUUACCACACCAUGGCUGAACACGUCAGCAAGCCUGUUCCUGUGGAAACCGCUGGACUUGGUGAACAGGAAGAGCGGGAAAGGCUGAGGAAAGUGCUAAAGCAGAUGGGAAAACUGAAAUGCCCCAAUGAGGGCUGCAUGGCCAACUUCUCUAGCCUGAUGGGUUACCAGUACCACCAGAAGCGCUGUGGGAAGCAGCUUGCCGAGGCCGACAAGCCUGUCUUCAGCUGUCCACACUGCGGCAAGAAGUACAAAUCCAAGGCCGGCCAUGACUACCAUGUGCGGUCAGAACACACGGCCUCGCCUCCGGAGGAGCCAGAGGUGAAGCCGGAGCCUGGCCCCAUAGAAGAUUUCGAAAGGACCCCGAGCGGCCGCAUCCGUCGGACGUCAGCCCAAGUAGCCGUCUUCCACCUUCAGGAGAUAGCGGAGGAUGAGCUCGCCAAGGAUUGGACCAAGCGGAGGAUGAAGGAUGACCUGGUGCCUGAAACGAAGCGGCUCAAUUACACCCGACCGGGGCUUCCAAAGCUCAAUCCGAGGCUGCUAGAAAACUGGAAGAACGAAGUGAAGGAGAAGGGCCACAUCAACUGUCCCAACAACUGCUGUGAAGCCAUUUACUCCAGCGUCUCGGGGUUGAAAGCUCACCUGGCCAACUGCAACAAGGGGGACCACUCGGUGGGCAAGUACCGCUGCCUCCUGUGCCAGAAGGAAUUCAGCUCCGAGAGCGGGGUCAAGUACCACAUCAUCAAGGCUCACUCAGAGAACUGGUUCCGAACCUCUGCAGAGGCCAGCCGGAAAAAGAAAAGCAGGGAACAGCUUUCUUCCAGCAAGGAGGAGAAAAAGAAAAGCACAAGCGGGAAGAAAAGGGGGAGAAAACCCAAGGAAAGGCCUCCAGAAACAUCCCCGAAGGGCAGAGAGAGCGUGGCAGCAAAGACUAAUCACAAGAAAACCCUCGAGCACUGGGAAGGCUCCCGAGGCAGCCCCGACGGGGAUGAGCGCGUCCCCAAGCCCCCGAGCCAGCGGAAGGGGGGAGCCAGUAAGAUGCCCGAGAAAUGAGCAGCUCAGAGACUCGUCUCCGAGGAUUCGUUUACAGCCCAGGGUAACAGGGUGGGGGUUUCUCCUGGUUUUUGUCCC